AUGGGGAGUAGUACAAGAUGUCUCUUGUGGGAUGUGGGAGUCAACAGAGAAUACCAGAACUCUAGGGUCUGUGACCAGAGAUUUCCUGGCAAUAACUACAGAGGAGAGAGUAAUAGGAAAUAUGCAUAUGAGUUAUCACUUCUCUAUGCUGUUCUCUAUCAGCCUCUAUUUGAUAAGCGAUUUGAGAUUAUUAAUGCAAUUUAUGAACCUACGGAAGAAGAAUGCGAAUGGAAACCAGAUGAAGAAGACGAGAUUUCGGAGGAGUUGAAAGAAAAGGCCAAGAUUGAAGAAGAGAAGAAGGAUGAAGAAAAAGAAGAGCCCAUAGGAAUUCCUGAAUUUUGGUUAACUAUUUUUAAGAGUGUUGACUUGCUUAGUGAUAUGCUUCAGGAACAUGAUGAACGUAUUCUGAAGCACUUGAAAUAUAUUAAAGUGAAGUUCUUGGAUGCUGGCCAGCCUAUGAGUUUUCUCUUAGAAUUUCACUUUGAACCCAGUGAAUAUUUUACAAAUGAAGUGCCAACAAAGACAUAUAGGAUGAGGUCAGAACCAGAUGAUUCUGAUCCCUUUUCUUUUGAUGGACUAGAAAUUAUGGGUUGUAAAGGGUGCCAGAUAGAUUGGAAAAAAAGAAAGGAUGUCACUUUGAGAAACAUUAAGAAGAAGCAGAAACACAAGGGACAUGGGACAGUUUGUACUGUGACUAAAACAGUUUCCAAUGACUCUUGCUUUAAUUUUUUUGCCCCUCCUGAAGUUCCUGAGAGUGGAGAUCUGGAUGAUGCUGCUGAAGCUAUCCAUGCUGCAAACUUCCAAAUCGGUCACUUUUUACCUGAGCAUAUAAUCCCAAGAUCAGUGUUAUAUUUUACUGGAGAAGAUAUUGAAGAUGAUGAUGAUUAUUAUGAUGAAGAAGGCAAAGAAGCAGAUGAGGAAGGGGAAGAAGAAGAUGAGGAAAAUGAUCCAGACUAUGAACCAAAGAAAGAUCAAAACCCAGCGGAGUGCAAGCAGUAGUGAAGCAGGAUGUAUGUGGCCUUGAGGACAACCUGCACUGUAAUAGCCUAAACACAACCCUUAUUUACUUACAGCCUUAUGUUUUUGUAUUUUCUUGGUAGACUAUGUAAUUUUUUUUA